CUCUUGCAAUGCAAGCUUCUUCCUAGUUCUGCGACCUCUGCUCUCUUCGCCUCGAUCUUCAUGUGGUCUCUGAUGCCAAUUGUUUGCCGAUGACACAGUGAUCCUUCGAACAAUUACUAUACUCGAGCUGUGCUUCGAUUCGGAGAAGCAUUAUCAUUUUGAGGGCGUUAAUUUUACGACAACCUCGCAGACUAUGCGCGCAACAUGCAGUCCCACCUGACCAAGAAUGUAUUUCGCGCGAUCUUGAAUAAUGAGCCUAUCCAUUUUUCACAGUGCCAUGGGCGAAGAGGCCUUCCUCCGCUUUUGUCUUCGUUGCGUGGAAGAAGACUGGCCCUUCGCUCCCCGCACUAUCUACAACGACGAACUCUUUUCGCCUUCAACUUCCCUCCACCCCCUACUGAACAGCAAUCGUCGACAAAGCCUCUAUCUCCAGAGACGGGCUUGAAGGCUAUGAGAGAUCUUUCCAAGUCGUUGGCAGACAAAAGCAGACCUCCGACAAACGAUAUUCUAGCAAAGGCCUUCCGAGAUUUUUUCUCUUCUCACGUCGAUACGCCUGGUGUCAUCACCGAUUUUCACGCGAGACUACUUAUAGUUACGUGGAAGCACCUGAAGGCACAACAGGAAGAGCUAGAGCCGGACGAGUAUGGGGCAGUCUUUUCCACGGAAAAUCUCGAAAAUGUUCUAUUUGUCCUCUCCGAGGCACAAUGCCUUGAGGAGUCCCGGGAUGCAGUGCAGAAAGUAGCACGCUUUGCUUUCCUAGAGCUUUGUUCCGAUCGAGGUUUUGGUCCCAACAACGUCAACCAGCAACCACUACUUGCGUAUAUAAAUCUCUUGUGCUCCUAUGGGAAUCCUGAGGAAGCGCGGCAUGUGGUAGAGAAAUUCUGGAACCAACUCCGAGAAUGUAAGCCUUCUCCAUGGCUCACAGUGAUGAGGGGAUUUGCAAUGAAGGGCGACAGACGCCAACUUCGGAGGAUUACAGAGGAGCUUGAGAAGCAGGGCACCAAGUUCGACCGGGAAUCCCAUGAGCAUCUGACCUUGGUUCUCAUUGAGCAAGACCUUCUCAAUGCAGUCAAGUCGAUCUAUGACUGCCCAAUUUCUGGAAACCUUGAGCCCACAAUUGCUACAAAGAAAGCUGUGAUCAAGUAUGCAAUCCUUAGGUCAGAGUCUGAGUGGGCUACACACGUUUUCCAAUCUCUUCCUCAAGAGCUUACUCCUGAGACACGAGAUAUCAUCUUGCUUUGGGAGGCUGCGAAAGGGGGGAAGGCGGCUGAAUUGUCAGCGAAAAUGAAGGUCAUUGCCGCGGAGAACCCCGAACUACAGACAUCGCUCACUAUCUCGACUGUCAAUGAUCUAGUCGAGCUCGCUAAUGGCAAAGAGGAUCCCGCGUUGGCACUUGACUUUCUUUCGCUGGCAUCCCAAUGGGGCCUCCAGCCAAAUACGCAGACACAUAUGCUACAUCUAGAGUCACGAGUCCAAGCCGGUGACGUGGAUGGGAUUCUAGGAUGCUUGGAUAAGAUCGAAGACAUCCAAUCUGUAGCGUUGUCCUACGUGCCAUUGAUAAACAGAGUGGUCACUGCUCUUUGCUUGUCUCAGCCCUCGGAUACCUUGUUCGACCAGAUUCUAUCUCUCCUCGACCCUCUCGUGGAGAAUAAUAUUCGCUUUGAAGCGGCGACUGUCGCUGCCUUAUCUCACAUGUUGCUCCUCCGACGUGAUUGGAACGCACUUUCUGAACUUCUCCGCCCGCGUCUUGGUUCCUAUGAUACGGAGGAAAGGAGCACGAUCAGGAAAUCUUUCACUACGUUCAUCUUGGACCCCAAUCUCAAGAGCGAGGACGCAUGGGAAGCGUAUGGCAUCCUGAAGCUCGCGUUCCCAGAGACAGGCGUCGCUACUCGAACCGACAUCAUGACUUCCUUCUUCAAGCGGAAUCGCAGUGACCUGGCGUGUAUGGUCUUCGGCCAUAUGCGUCAAGCAGACAAGCUAUCGCAACGCCCCAAACCAGACACGUACGCUAGAUGCUUCCAAGGCCUGUCUCGAGCCGCAGACAAAGAGAACCUUGAGCUGGUACAUAACAUGUUGAAGCUUGACCUUGAAGUUGAUAUCAACACGAGAAUCCUAAAUGGAUUGAUGCUCGCGUAUGCAUCCUGCGGAAACCCCGAAAAGAGCAUGGAGAUAUUCCGCGACAUUCUACAAUCAGACGAAGGACCCAACCACAAGACCAUCACGAUCUUCUUCAAAGCAUGCGAGAACCAUCACAACGGAGCUCAGGAAGCUUUCAAAAUGAUGGAAAAGACGAAACUGCUAGAGAUAGCCGUCGACCGUCGGAUGUACCAUGCGUAUAUCGAAGCCCUAGCCGCGCAGUGCGAAUUUGACCAUGCAGUCCAGGCCGUGGACAAGAUGGAAUCCCAAAUAGGCCAUCCUCCCACUCGCAAUACCAUCGGCCUCUUCUACAACGCCAUACCAUACAAAUAUUGGAAAGAUCAAGUCGAACAAUGGGCAAAAACAACUUAUCCUGAUCUAUGGUCUCAGCUCGAAGAACUACCUCGCACGGAGCAUGAAGAAGGACCGAAAUUCGACGCCAUCAGAAACGAUAUCGCUCUCUAGGAGCGUUGUCGUUCUAAAAGAAGGAAAGAAAAAAAAAAGGGAUCAAAAGGAAUCUGGGGGAAUGCAUUUAUCAUGAUGUGCUUUGAUACGUGGAUAUGGAUGUGGAUAUGGAUAUGGAUUUUACUACUAGGUAAUUAGUAUGUAUAUAUAUAUAUAGGAUCAGAGACAGAAACAGUGCCUGCCACUACGAAAGGCAUGCUAUGAAAUAUUUUAUCUAGUUCAAGAAUCAUGUUUUGUCUUAUCAUUUAACAUAUUGUGGAU